CUUGUCAAAAAAAAAAAAAAAAAUGCUACCGUAAGUCAAAUGUUCGAAAACAUUCUGCUUUCUCAUUCGAUUUCUUUGCCGCUGCAACGUUGGAGGAACAAAGAGAAAUAAAGGCCAUGAUAGCGGCCUGUGAACCACAUGAGUUCAUCCCGUUCGGCCGACAGUUCAGCAAUAGUCAGUCUGACGGUAGGGGUGUCACCAACCCACAGAGGGAGACAGCGUAUCCUGAUGCCGACCUACCCAUUUCAGCCCUUAGGGAUGUCAAUAUCAAUGACUCCUCACAGGAGUUUUGGCACAUCUCACAGAGCAGAGAGACUGGUACCCAGAAGCUGGAAUUCGAUGAAGAGAUCUACAUCAAGGGGAAUUCAGUGGUAUGGAGCCGAGGGUGUGAGUCACAAGCCAGACUUGUUCAAAAGUCCUACGAGUUAGACUCAGCAAUACUGGAGGCCCAAUGGGUGACAUUCAGAUUACAAGACUGCAAAGGAGAUCGUCUGGAAGAAAGAUCCAACCAAACCGGAGAGGCAGUGCCAAGUAUAUGCAUCACUCAGUCUGCAACCCUGAAUGUCUUCACUGGUAAAGGAGAUGAGUUCACAGCCUCUCUUCCAUUCCAGGUGUCUAAUUCCUAA